UCCUUUUCUUCUUCUUUUUUAUUUAUUUCUUUUCUCCUCUUUUCUCAUUUCUUGCUUUCUCUGAAACUAGAGCUGGAAAAUCAGCUCACAAUCUUUACUCUCUGAUGAUCUGUUAUUCAAUCGACAUCAUAAAAUCGAUCAAAUUGGAGUUUAGGUAUGGAUUGUAAGAUGAAUUCUUCGCCGGAUCGAUUGUUUGGUAGACAAAGGACUAUACAUGAGCUUCUAGGUGCAGGAUUCAUUGCAGACAUAAUCCUAUGGAGGCGGCAAAAUCUAACUUCUGGAUUAUUGUUGGUGACAUUUGCUGUGUGGGUAGUGUUCGAAAAAUCGGGCUAUACUCUAUUAUCGCUGGUGUCUAGUGUUCUUCUUCUACUGGUUAUCAUUUUCUUUGUCUGGGCAAAAUCUGCUUCCAUUCUCAACAGACCACCUCCACCAUUACCAGAAUUACAUAUUUCAGAAGAAGUUAUGAAUGAAGCAGCAGCUAUAAUACGAAGUCGGGUAAAUGCAUUUUCUUCUGUUUCUUUGGAUAUUGCACUAGGGAAGAACUCGGACCUGUUUUUUAAAGUGGCUGGAGCUCUCCUGCUGCUUUCGAUCAUUGGUGGCUGGACAGAUUUUCUGACGUUGGGCUACACCAGUCUUUUUUUGGUUCUCACGGUACCCGCAUUGUAUGAGAAAUAUGAAAAUCAAAUAGACAGAUAUGCUAUGAUAGGAUGCAGGUCAUUGCAGCGAUUGUACAUGAAGCUGGAUAUGAAGUGCUUCAGCAAAAUCAGAGAAUUGGUAUUAGAGAUUAAAAAACUAGACUGACUCUGUUCUUCCCUGAAAGAGGCUUUAGUAUACCUCUUAAGGGGUUUUGCCUGCACUUGGAGUUGAUUCCCCCAAAAAAAUUAUUUUUCUUUUUUCUUCUUCAUUCAAGUACAUACGACGGCUUGCAAGUUUUAUCCCUAGAGCCAGUGGUCGUAAUUUUGGUGAAUCGUUUGUGAGCAAUGGGUUUGAGGGAGAUGCGGAUGAUGAUGCUUCUUUUGAUUUCCUUUUAUUGUUUGAGUGGCAUAAACAAUGUGGUGACAUACAAGGUGAUAAAAGAUAUUUUGAUUUAAAAAUAAUGUAAAUAUACAUGAUAGUUUUGAAUUCUCGAAUGCAUUCAACAGUCAGUUAGCUAGA